AUGAAUAUGUUCUUAUAUGUGAUAAAUCCAACAUCCGAGUGUCUGGAUCACCACAGAGCCCGCAAAGAUAUCGACGAGAAAUGCGUUAGUACCCAUAGCCAAAGAUUGCGGGAUCGAAACCUCUUUAAAGAUGCAACGAUGGGAGUUGUUCAUAUCGCUGCAUUAGCUGCUCUACCCAACCUAUUCACCCGUUCCCGUGCUCUUCAAACCAAAUUUUUUCGUCGUGCUGAAACACUACCCUCAGACUCCCUGAUCAAAGCUCUUACCACUGUACUGUGGAAAAAGGCCCAAUUGCUGAAAGAACAUCAACCUCGGUCGAAGGACCCAUUAAAAGAAGCUUAUGUUCUACUGUGCCAAAAAGAAAUCGACAUGCAACUUGCGAGCGUUAACCGUCCGGUAACUGUCGCUAGAGGCUUGUGCAAACCUGUCUGGGAUCCGGUCUUACUACUGCCCUGCACUCGCUCAGAACGACGCCGGCUGAUCAAAUGGCGAAUUGCUUGGCUAGCACCCACACCAUCAGUUGAGUGCCAAUGUGGCGCUAUCAAGGGUAACCGAAACCACAUGCUCAUAUGCUCUGCCACAAUCACUCUCAUUCAAAAACUCUGGUCUUUGAUGGAUCCUGCUCCUUCUCCAGAGGGUCAUCUCAUCGACUAUGCUCUCAACUGUCUCCCCAGGUCUUUCAAAUCGCCUGGUACAUGGUGUGAUUGGUGGCUGUGCUUGCUUUCCUUGCUACGUGUAGUUGAUCAAACCACCUCAUCCUACAAACUGCCAGAAAAAAAAGCUCAUGGUCAAAUUCUCAUCGACCUUGCAGCGAAAUUCCAUGCCACAAAACCAACCUGUCCCCACUGCAUCCUGCCACCCACCCAAGAACCUGUUCCUGGUGAUCCGUUCCCUCAUCUUCUAUCCAAAAUUUCCAGCGUUCCUUGUCAACCCCCUCCAUCUGUGCCCGCCCAAAAUUGUGCCUAG